UCAGAAAAAUAAAUUCAUUAAAUUUAAAGUUUUUGAUAAUCGUGAAAAAGUAGAAGAAAAAACCCGAAAAUGAUUAAUCAGGAAUGAUUAUAAAACAAAAUUGGCGUAAGAUUUGCACAGAUUGAUCGCUAAUGCUCUGAGAUGCUCACCUUUGUUGCAACACUUUGAUUCACGAUCUGUUCAACAUUACAAAUAAAAUCCUUAUCUAACAGGGUGACAACUUUUACUCUCAUUUGAACGGAAAAAAGGUGUACCCGGUAUUGUGGAAGUAACAAGUCCCAGUCGAGGCCACUCGAAAUCAAAACAUCAUGGAAUGCGGUAAUACCUUUAAAACGGAACACGACGCCAUCUCAUUAGCACCAGUUAGUGUACUCGUUGGCAUGAUGUAAUAAUAUCUCAGCUCUACAAAAAAUGUAUCAUCUUCGGGGUGCCUUAUUUGGACGUGAUCCAUCGGAACGAUCAGCUGUAGAUUGGACGAUUUUUUCUUUUCGGAACGUUAGAAAUGAUUUUGCUUCUAGUAUUGAUCAGCGUUGUUGGUUCUGCGUUUGCACAUCCCGGGUCUCAUCUCGGGCAUCAUAACAAAUAUGUGACACUGGAUAACGUUAAGUACAGUUACGGAAUAUUUGCGCCCGUUGGAGUGACCGUCGGAGCUUACGUUUGGUUUAUCUCAGCACUGGGACUGAUACUGGGUGCUCUGGUGUUGCUGUAUUUCAGCAAAGGCUGGAGAAGUGGAUCGUACUACAGCGGAAUCUUUGGCCGGCGAUCAUUGGAAUACCAAAGAACGUUUGGAGAAAACAGUAUAUUCGAUGACCUGAAUCCACAGAGAGACACUAGAAGCCACCAACUGUUCUGGAAGGAUCGGAUACGUGAUAUAGCCAAAUUGUUCAAAGAAAAUUAUUAGAAUAGGUUUGAAACGGGCUCGAAAAUAUUUAUUAAAAACAUAUUAAGAAAAAUGUGGUUAUUGUG